AUGCAGAAUCGAAUGGCAAUACUACUCUGUAACUUGAAGCCUGCAAAGAUGAGAGGGGUAGUAUCUCAAGCAAUGGUGAUGUGUGCCAGCUCCCCAGAAAAAGUGGAAAUUCUGACUCCCCCACCCGGGGCAGUACCUGGAGAUAGAAUCACUUUUGAUGGUUUUCCUGGAGAUCCUGAGAAGGAACUUAAUCCCAAGAAGAAGAUUUGGGAGCAAAUCCAACCUGAUCUUCAUACCAGUGACCAGUGUGUUGCUACAUACAAAGGAGUUCCAUUUGAAGUGAAAGGGAAAGGAGUCUGCAGGGCAGAGACCAUGGCAAACAGUGGAAUUAAAUAA